GCUGGAGUUGCAGGACGGUGGAAGCGCUCCGACUCCCGCGUGGUCAUGUUUCUCCAAUAUUACCUCAACGAACAAGGAGAGCGGGUCUAUACACUGAAGAAGUAUGACCCCAUGGGACAGCAGACCUGCUCGGCCCAUCCGGCUCGCUUCUCCCCAGAUGACAAAUACUCUCGACACCGCAUCACCAUCAAGAAGCGCUUCAAGGUGCUCAUGACGCAGCAGCCGCGCCCGAUCCUCUGAGGGUCUCUUGAUUUCCUGUCUCUUCUGCCCUCCGCUACCCCCACAGAGACUUUCCUUCAUCAACCAGCUGCUGGGUGUGUGAGCCUGUAGCAGCCUCGCAUCCUGGCUCCUGGGAGUUGGGUCUCAUCCCAUUUGGAGAUUGUG